UUUGUGCGAUUUCAGAUACAUUCUGCCUCCCAUAAAAGACUAAAGCACUACAUGCCUGCCUGUUAGCUUCUGACUUUGGCUUAUAUUUUUGUUUUUUUGUGAAGCACUUUGAGCUGACAUUGUACCAAAGUGAGAGUUUUUUUUUUGUUUGUUUGUUUUUUGUUUUUUUGCUUAAUUCCACCUUUUAUGUAUUUGUUACUCUUUAUUAUUGUGGGUGGGGGGUGAUCUUCUAUGUUAUGACCAAAAAUAUCAAACAGUUUGGGCUAUUGAGCACAAGCUGAGAUGUCGGACUCCAAGCAAUCGGACAGUUUGGUAGAGCCUGAGCCCACGGCAAAUGGUAAAGCCGAAGUCAGCAUGGCGUCACAUCUUAAGUAUAUCUCUCUGGGGAUUCUGGUGUUCCAGACAACUAGUUUAGUAUUGACAAUGCGCUAUUCUCGAACGCUGAAGGAAGAGGGUCCUCGAUACUUGUCGUCCACUGCUGUGGUGGCUGCAGAGGUCCUAAAAAUUGUGGCGUGUAUAUUCUUGGUGUAUAAAGAUAACAGUUGUAGCUUGCGAGCGCUGAACCGGGUGCUACAUGAUGAAAUUAUUAACAAGCCAAUGGAGACAUUAAAGCUUGCGAUACCCUCUGGAAUCUACACCCUGCAAAAUAACCUGCUCUAUGUUGCACUGUCAAACCUUGAUGCAGCUACUUAUCAGGUCACAUACCAGUUGAAAAUCCUCACUACGGCCUUGUUUUCAGUGUCCAUGCUCCAGAAAAAGCUUAAAAGUAAUCAAUGGCUCUCAUUGUGUAUCCUGAUGGCUGGUGUUACGCUAGUUCAGUGGCCCACAGAUUCCACCACUACUCCGUCCAAAGAGGUAUCUGUUGGUUCUCGUUUUGUAGGACUCAUGGCUGUCCUGACUGCCUGCUUCUCAAGUGGUUUUGCUGGUGUCUACUUUGAAAAAAUCUUAAAAGAAACAAAGCAGUCUGUAUGGAUACGGAAUAUACAACUCGGAUUCUUUGGUGGGAUUUUCGGACUGAUGGGAGUGUUUAUUUAUGACGGAGAGCGUGUCUCUCAGGGGGGCUUCUUCCAAGGAUACAACAAUCUUACCUGGGCAGUUGUAGCUCUUCAGGCUCUAGGAGGGCUGGUGAUUGCUGCUGUUAUUAAAUAUGCUGAUAACAUCUUGAAAGGUUUUGCCACAUCUCUCUCCAUCAUACUGUCUACGUUAAUCUCCUACUUCUGGCUGCAGGACUUUGUCCCAACUAGUGUUUUCUUCAUUGGUGCUCUUUUGGUAAUUUCUGCCACGUUUCUUUAUGGCUAUGAUCCCAAACCGUCAGCAAAUCCCCUUAAAGCAUGAGGACCGGAGUGCAAUAGUUAAGGAAUCCCAGUGCCCCUUCUGUUCCAUGUUUUGAGAGGAACAGACCAGGGUAAAGAGGACUAACCAAGACACAAAUGCUGCUGAGCGCAACGAGACCACAAGAUGAGAUGUGGCUUCAUUCUUGUGUGAUGGACGCUAAUUUAUUUUAAAAUUAAAUUUAUCAAAGUGAUAUAUAUUUUGUUUUAAUACUUGAAGUAGGAGGUGUCAAUAAUAGGGAUAUUUGUGCAACUCUUCAGAUAAAAUCAUUAUUUUUUUUUUGUAUGCCUACAAAUAUUUAAUCUUUAAAAAUUGAUUUUUAUUGUUGCUGUACUAAGAUUCUCACCUGCAUAUGACCCCAGAUAAUGUUUCAGAUCGAUGUAAGAAAAUACUCUGCUACCAUUUUAUACUGAAAAGAGCAUUAAUCCUCAAGAUUUGUUUUUUAUUUGGGCAACUGAAAGUCUCACUGUCUUUGUACAACAGACUAAAACAAGGGAAAUAAAU